AUGCCGCUGGCGCCGUGUGUGGCACCCGAGCUGUCAGAAGAUCAGUGCAUGCUGGACCUCUCAAACUGUUCUACUCUGGAGCCCGGACAUGUGUGUGAGAUAGCCUGCCAGCCACCGUUUGUGGGCUCAACACCCACCUACAGCAUCGCGGUGGCAGAUCCAGAUGCGAAGAGUCCCUUCAACUUCGGUAGUCCUUAG